AAUUGAGCGCAGAGGCAGGCAGUCAACCGCGCGCAUCUGCUGUUGAUGCGCUCGCAGUCACACACUACAGGCUUUCCAUCUUUAACGUGAGCUUUAUAGAUUGAAAUUUAAUGAGUAUGAAAUAACAAAACUGGUUAAAAUACUCAGGGGAAAGGGGUGUUUUUCCUCCAGGUGUGAUUGUUCCGCUUUUCCUCCGUUUUUUCUACGGACGUUUCUUCCUUCAUAUCUGAUCGCCCAUCAGUGGAAUGAUCUGGCUUUUAUCUUGUGUCGUUUCCACUUCAGCAUGGGAACUGCCGGGUCCAAAAGGAAGACUUUAAGGACCGAUGCAAUAUCUUCUGUGGCCGCAAAAGUUAGAGCAGCCAGAGCUUUCGGAGAUUACCUGUCUCACACACACCCUGAGAACCGCAACGGAUCAGAUCAGCUUCUAUCUAAUACCUUCAUUGGCCAAGACAAAGACUCCCCUGACGUCAGUCAUCUUCACAAAAACAACCUACACCCUCAGAGCCACUGUGGGGCCAAGGCCAGCCAGGACCAGUCCCAGGCCCACAGUCUUCAGUCCCAGCUCAGCACACUGCAUCCCCACCACAGCAGUCUCCAGCCCAGAACCCUGCAGCCAAGCAGUCUGCAGCCCACAGGCCCCUCCAAGCACAGGCUCUCAGCAGGGCUCUCAGCGGAGCGAAGUUUCUCCUCCGAGGAGCAGCAGCCACCUCUUAGGUCAACUGAGGGGAGCCUGACCAGCCUGAAACCAGCUGCCCAGCGGGUCUACACCAUCACCAGGGAGGGAGGCAUGCUAGGGGGGCAAGGCAGCGAGGAGAAUCUGGAGCUGGAGGUGCUGAAGCAGCCUCUGUCCCCUCCUCCCUCUGCCAACCAGACCUCCUUUUCCAACCAACAACCACCAGGCAGCAAACAUCACCGCGGCAACAUUAGCCAUGGCCCACAGGGCCACAGGCCCAAGUCUCAGCCCCUGCAGAGCUCAGGGAGUGCCCAUAACAUCCGGGACUGGGUGGUGAGGAGGGGGGGCUCGCGGGAGGACUGCACCCCAGACUGUGUCACCUGCAUUAGGGCUCCAUGUCCGAGCCAGCGCUCCCUGGAUCUGGAGACGUCCCCGCGAGAGGGAGGAAAACAGAGGAAGAAGCUAGAGAGGAUGUACAGCCAAGACCAAGGCAGAGACAGACGAGGCUCUGCUGAGGAGAGAGAGGACAACCCUAAUAGCUGGUUCCCCAAAGAGAACAUGUUCAGCUUCCAGACGGCUACCACAACAAUGCAGGCAAUAUCGGCAUUCCGGGGCAUUGCUGAGAGAAAGAGGAGGAAAAGGGAACAAGAGGCAACCGCUCCAGUAACCGAGACUGAGAGGUAUGGUCCAUGUCUGACCUGA